GACCGCGACGCACCGAGGCGGAGGCCACAACGGCGGUCCGUCCCGGACCAAGAGAGAGACACACGGAAGGCGACACGUACUACGGCCCUGAGACUCCGCGAGCGUGCAAGAGACGGUGGAGCACUCGAGGCAGCCGGCGGCGUUUCCUCGCCCGGCCGCUCUCCGCUCCUCGGCAUCGCCGGUGCAAAUGCCUGCGCCGCGACCGCAGCAGCUUCUGCUGCUCCUCGCGGCUACCUGGAGCCUCGGCCUGCUCUGCCUCGCCGCGCCGGAAGGUGGAGGCGGCUCCUGCGAGCUCUCGGUCGAACGCGGUGGCGCGCUCUACAACUUCAGCCUCGCGGCGCCGACGCCGGCCCACCGCCACGGCGUCCUCAGCGAGGAUGGGUUUUACAAAGUGGCCAUGAACGAUUCAGUCAUCUGGUUCCAGCUCUGCGAUCAGAUGAUAUUCAACUUUGACCCACCUGCCUGUCUUCACUGUGAGGACUGUGGUGGUCCAUUGAGGUGUGGCACCCAAUGCAGCGGACUUGCGUCAAAUAACAUUGGAGGGUAUGAUGUUUGUACAACCAUUGGAAGGGCAUCUGGAUCCCAUAUAUCUCUAAUAGAUGAUGGUAAUCCACAAAAGGGUGUCAUUGUCAAGAUGUUUUCAUCAAAGUGUUCUAUUUCUGUUUUCAUCUUUUGUGAUUCAGCUGUAGCCCAACUACCGGAUAAAUUUACCCAAUCUGGAAGUUGUGAUUACGUUACGAUACUUAGACACCCUUCUGGGUGUGCAAGAUCAGUGUCUGAUGCUGGAAAUGGCUGGGGAUGGUUAGGCACUUCGUUCAUAACAAUUUUGUGCCUUCUUGGAGGGUACAUUCUGAUUGGUGCAAUCUAUAGAUAUUAUUUCCUCGGCAUUCAUUCUGUAGAGGCCAUUCCGAACCUGGAAUUUUGGAUCAGUUUGCCACAGAGAAUUAAGAGCAUGUUUGUUCGUUCAAGAAGAAACCCAAGAAGUCAGAGCAGAGAUACUAGAGGACCAUACACCACUAUAAACCACUGAGAAGUAGAAAAAUCCAAUACAAGUAUUGACAGUCACACAAUGAACAAGCAUUCGGAGGCCGGGGGUAUUCCUCCUUUUCGAAAAAAAUACAGUGAACAAGCAUAUGUGGAUUGGGGUGAAAGCAAAACCUUUGAUCUCUGCCCAUAUGCCAGGUAUCAUCAAUGAAUCAUGUUUCUUUGUCCUUGUAUUUAGUGGUGGAGUAUCUGAAUGAGCUAGUAAUGGAGAUAAGUGACCCAGUGAUCAUAAUUAAGCCCAGUAGGUCCUUACACUACCUGCAGUGCUCACUUUUUCUCUUCCGGGCAGGGGGGGUGGGGGACUUUCAUAUAUGUACAAUAGUGAUGCUCGGCUAUUUAUUCACAUGGAAAUGCGGAAUAUUCAGAUUUGGUUCAAUGCCAAGUGUUUAUGACCAUAAUAUGAUUAUGCUGGCUUUCCUCUCAUUCAGUUUUUGUGGCCCUUGUAUUUAGGAUUCUUUUUCCAAAAUUGGUAUUUUCUUCAAAUUGUUCUUCCUGCGAUAAAUUUAACUGAAAUUCGGAUGUGAUUACUAAAAAAAUUCUAUAUGUCACCAUGCAAGUAAUACCCAGAUCAAAUGUGAUCAGCUGUAUAUCCUGAUUUUUUUCAACGCUGUACAUCCAUAUGAAACUGUGUGAAGUCGGCUGGCGUGUAACAACAGUUGUGAUUGAUGUUGUCUGAUCACACAGGCCAAAGAAUGCAGUUGAUCCUAUGAUCUGCAUCAUAUGAUUGUCCUGUUUAAAGGAACUUGUAGGAUUCUGAUGCAUCACAGUUAGUUUGUGAGUACUGUAGACAACAUGAUGC